GAUUAACAACCGGAAGUGGGUUAGUGGACACUGUCCAAAUUCAGCUUAGAAAUGCAUUAGGCAGAAAAAUUACAUAUUUCAAAUGGGUGACCAUACAUUCACGACCGAAUCGCCUGUCUUACAUGUCGUGGUUAUUGGAUUUCACCACAAAAAGGGUUGUCAGGUAGAGUUUUCGUAUCCUCCUCUGAUAGAAGGGAACCCAGUUGACAGUAAUCAGGUACCAGAAGAAUGGAAACAUUUACCUUCCCUUGGGGUACCAGAUGGAGCCCACAAUUACACUAAAGAUACUAUAUUCUUUCAUCUGCCUUCAAGACAGGAAAAGCAUAAAACAGUUUAUGGGGUGGCAUGUUACAGACAGAUUGAUACUAAGGAUCUUGUUAAUAAAUCAUCUGAUGUGACAAGAAGUUCAGUCCAGAAGAGUGUGUGUGUUCUCAGUAAACUGCCUCUUUUUGGAUUGAUACAAACCAAAUUAGAGCUAAUUACACAUGCAUACUUUGACGAAAAAGAUUUCAGUAAAGUGCAGUUGUUAGAGGAAACCUACAAAAAUCUUACUACCUCAUUAAGUGACAGCUUGAAAGAAGGAUCACAUAUGUGUUUAGGAAUGUCUGUGAGAGAUGUUGUUGUUGAAUUCAAACACAAGAUUGUAGUUCUGUUUAAACUAAUACUAUUGGAAAGACGGGUAUUAUUUUCUGGUACACCUGUUGAAAGGUUGUGUAAUUCGUUGUUAUCAGUUUUAUCAUUAUUUCCAGGUAUGAUUGAGUACGGUUUAGAAGAGGCUGCUACAUGUGGAGGUGAGAGGUUACUUUCACCGACAUUACACCCAGCAAUGUAUGGCAGUACUGAAAGUGAUGAAUAUCUAGAGGUUCACUACCAUGAUGAAAAACCUGUUCUCAAAACAAGUUCUGACAGCAGUUUAAACAAACAGACCAGUGAUAAAGCUGAACUAAACAGAAGUUUAAGUGUGGAACCUCAACCUUUGACUAUUGAUAGAGAGUGUGAAGUAGACAAAGAUUCAGAAGGUUCUACUGUAGGUAGUGAUUAUGUCAGAGUUGAGGCAGAGGUCAAAGAAGGCUGUGAUACUGAGGCUGUGAAAUCAGCUACUCAAUCUUGUGAUUUAAAUAAUUGUGAUAAUAUAGACAAUGCUGGUAUAGCUAAACCAGAUAUAAGUGGAUCAAGUCCUAAGGGAUUUUGCAAUGGUAUAUUAAUUGGUGAACAUAAUUUUGGUGAGACAAAAUUGACAGCAUCUAAAACAGAAACACCACAAAAAUCUACAAAUGUUGAUAAAGAAAAACAGCCAAAAACUCCAACAAGUGCAGAUUCUGUUCAGUCUGACCCAUUUAUGAAUAUGAAGUCUAUUACUCACAUCGAGGCUGUGCAAACAGGGGAGAUAAUUAAAAAUAACAGUUCUGUGGUAAAUAUUGAGGAAUAUGCUGAAAAAUGUGAAGACUUUGAUGAAAAUGAAAAAGCAUCUAAUUUAGAAUUAUCAUUGAAUUUAGAGGACUUAAAGAGAAGUAAUAGUAUAGAGGAUAUUGACUCACCAGAGAGUAUACUGAAAAUAGACAGGGAGGAUUGUUUCUCUUGGGAGGAAGACUCACUUCUCCUAACAAUAGAUCCUAACUUAGACUCUAGUGGAGAUCAUUCAGAACAAUUAAAAGCAGCUAAUUCACUGGCUGAAAAAAAGUUAGAAGCUGAUGAACGCCUUAGUCAACCAAUAGAAAACCCAUUUACAAAAACUAGUCAAUUACAAGAUGGAGAGGUUGAGAAAAAGGAAGAUGUUACAUUUACAGAUAUACCUCUCACUGAAAAUAAUUCUAAAGCUGAAGAAAAAGACAGUCCUGGCAAAAAAGCAGCUGCACUUAAAAAUAAGUUAAGUACUGCAUUUGGUGGCUUUAAUGUUAAGGAGAAAAUCCGGAACAGAAAGGCUAAUAAUAAUAAAAUGAUACCAAUGCAGGAUUUGAAAGUCAAAGUACCAACUAUUCCCAAACUGCAGCAGGAUGAUUGUGGAUUUCCGUUAAUUAUAUUUACCAAGGGUUAUAUAUGCCAUCCAUAUUUGUCUCUGCAGUAUUAUGACCUACUUAAUGAUGUGAAUAUAAGAGGAUUUGUGAUUGGUGCUACCAACAUCCUGUUUAGACAGAAGCGCCACCUAACGGAUGCUGUGGUGGAGGUAUCUGAAGAGAAAAUAGAGUUCCAUGACAAAGAGUUACAGAAACUGUUAAACCUGACGACUGCUGAUCUAAGAUUUGCUGAUAUACUUGUUAAGGCUGUGGUUGGGGACAGUGAAGAUUCUCUGUUUGAAACAACAGGCUGGGAAGGUGGAGAUGAAUGGUUAAGAGCACAGUUUAAAGUCUAUCUACAAUCUUUAUUGGUUACCUGUAAACAGGAUGAUGUGAAAUUACAUGAGGAUUUUGGACUGCCAUUUCUUCAAUCCUUUAAGACAACUCAGUGCUACAGAGUUUGGUCUGGUGACACUCAUCCAGGAAUGAGUGAGGUUCCAUUAGGACAUCCUUGUCAUGGUAACCUAGGAGUCAGUGAUAUCAAAGUCAGACUGGCACAUUCCAUGCAAAGUACAGAGAGGGGUAAGAAAAUUAAUGCUGCUGUAACACAGACAGGAAAAUUUGUAGGUGGUGCGAUAACGACAGCUAAAUCAGCUGUGAGUUCAUGGUUCAGUAACUUUACUACAGAUUGGAAGAAGGAAGAAAAAUCACAACCAGAAUCAUAGCUUGUAUGCUAUUAUUGUUAAACCCCCAACAUGGCUUACACGAAUAUCUCAACAUUUAUAAUUGAGACAAAAUGUGAUAUUAAAUUUAGAAAAAGUUAGAUUUAUGCAUAAUUGAACUGAAUUCAAUUUAUUAGAAAUUACUGUGGUGACAAACUGUCUUUGUAUAAAUAUCAUUGUACAUUCCAUUACAGGCUAAUUUAUAUUUAUCAUGUUUAUAGUGGUAUCUUAGUUGAAGUCAUUCAAACAAUUUUUCUGUUUCUCAGACUUACAUAUCACAAAGUUUAUAAAGGUACAUUUAUUUUCAUAUUUCUUUUCCAUAUUUGUUAUUUUCAAAAAGUAUUGUGUUGGACGUCAUUCAUAUGAAACCUCAAUAUUACACAAUACCUCAUGUUUUAUUGGAAGUUUAGCUGCAUAAACAUACUUCACUUGUGUAGGAGCCACGGUUGCAAGGGGACCAUCCCCCACUUUAAAAUGUGACAAAAAAGUAUUGAAGGGCUUACAGUUACACACAAAAGAAACCCCCACCCUAAUUUUCAGUUCACCCCUAUGCCACUUUCCUUACAGUGAACCUCAAUUGUUUGAUUAUUUUGUAACCAAUUUUUGGGUUUUUUGCUCAACAUUGUUUCCAUCUGCUUUGGCUUUAUUUGUCAUUUUAUCUGUCUCAGUAUAUAAUAAUAUGCUCCUAGUAUGUAAAGUGUUAUUACAGAUCUUGUCUUUCUUUCUGUCUGUUUGUCUUUCUAUCCUUUUUUGUCAUGGAUAAUAAAUUUAAAGUAGCCAAAACCAAACCAUUUGAAGUUUCAAAAUGCUUAUCAUGCUCAUAGAGACUGUUAAACACUUGUAAAGUUUGACAUUUAAACUAUAUUUGAUUUUUUUUUACUUUUGUAUUUGUUUCAUUUCUAAAAUGCAAAUAGUCCAUGGUAUGACAUGUUUCUCUCUAUUAUAAAUGGGUUUUAGCACAAUGUAAAGAAUGCUUUUUGGCUUAAAAAUUACAGUUGAUAUGAAACUUCAAUUGUAUUUGCUUUUGGAAAUCUUGAAUCUAUGAUCACCAUGAAUUGUAAAUUAUCAACAAAAGGCACAGUAUGCAUAUUAAUUUAGAGCAC